AUGAAAACUUCAGCUUUCCGAAUCGCUCAAGGAGCUGCUGCAGGCCUUCAAAGGCGAGCAUACUCACAGGCCGCGACCCCGAGGCAUCUCAUGACUAUUGCUGACCUCACUCCUACUGAGUUCGCCAAUCUUGUUCGUGAUGCCAACACUCGAAAAAUGGCUGUUAAGGGUGGUGCUCCUGCAAGCUAUCUCAAUGCUGGUCUUGCUGGCAAGACCGUUGCUAUGAUGUUCAGCAAGCGUAGUACUCGUACUCGAGUAUCUACUGAAGCUGCUGUCACGAUGCUUGGUGGUCAUCCUAUGUUCCUUGGCAAGGAUGAUAUUCAGCUGGGUGUGAACGAGUCCCUUUAUGACACUUCCAAGGUUAUCUCAUCCAUGACCUCUUGCAUGGUCGCCCGAGUUGGACCUCACUCUGACGUCGCUACUCUUGCUGAGCACUCGAGCGUCCCUGUUAUCAAUGCUCUAUCUGAUGAUUUCCAUCCUCUGCAAACCAUCGCCGACUUCCUCACGCUUCACGAGACUUUUCCCUCAACCAGUGCCAAGGGAGCUACCCUAGGCCUCAAUGGCCUCAAGGUUGCCUGGGUUGGUGAUGCUAACAAUGUUCUCUUUGAUCUGGCAAUCGGUUGUAUCAAGAUGGGUGUUGACAUCUCGGUCGCUGCUCCUAAGGGGUACGAGAUCCCUGACGCUAUGAGGCAACUCAUCACCUCCGCUGCCGAUGGUGUUUCUUCUCCCGGCAAGCUGGUCGAGACCAAUGUACCGGAGGAGGCGGUGAAGGAUGCCAACGUCCUGGUGACAGACACAUGGGUUUCCAUGGGCCAGGAAGCUGAUACCCAGAAGCGAAUUAAGGACUUCGCUGGCUUCCAGAUCAACAAUGAUCUUGCUAAGCGAGGAGGUGCUAAGGCGGACUGGAAGUUCAUGCACUGUCUUCCUCGACACCCUGAGGAGGUCGCUGACGAGGUCUUUUACAGCCCUCGAUCGCUGGUGUUCCCCGAAGCCGAGAACCGCCUAUGGGCUGCUCUUUCCGCCCUUGAGGGCUUUGUCGUGAAUAAGGGUAACUUCUAA